UGGAAAAUUACCUGCAGAUCACACAGCCGUUGAGAACGAAAUGCAGAUGGAAGGAUGGAUCUCGCAAAAAUCUAUGCAAAUGAUGGAUCCUCGAACAAGAAAUGAAAUAAAUGCUCAGAAAGAUCGAUGAGUCGUGCUGGUGGUAACCACGAACGCAGGCAUCGACGACGAGAGGUACUGUGGUGAAGCUAAUGAAAGGUGCCAAUUUUCGGUAUGGGUUUCUACUUCUGCAGAGAACGUUGAGCAUUGAGAAACGAACAAUCAGCAGCAUUCACCUCAAGUGCGUAGUACUUCCGUGUUUGUGUACGAUCAUCGAUACGAACUACUACUGAAAUUAUAGUUCUCCAUUUACUUGUACAAAACUAAUUUUUUUACUCAUUCGCUCCUCUUACGAGUUUUAUGCCCCCAACCAAAAUUGCAAAAACAAUGGCGGCCGAAAUUUGUCCUCCUGCCCCGAUUGAGUGCUGGGCUGCCAUCGCGUUCGAGGCCAAGAAGCCCCUGGAGAUCAAGAAAGUGACCGUUCUGCCGCCACAGGCCGGGGAGGUACGUGUAAAGAUUGUUGCGACGGCACUUUGUCACACCGAUGCGUACACGCUGUCCGGCUGUGACCCCGAGGGGCUUUUUCCCGCCGUUCUCGGCCACGAGGCAGCAGGGAUCGUGGAGUCGGUCGGCGAAGGCGUGACCGAAUUUGAGGUCGGCGACCACGUGAUUCCGUGCUACCAGGCGUACUGCGGAGACUGCAAGUUCUGCGCCCGCCCGAAAAUCAACCUGUGCACCUCCGUGCGCGCGUUCACGGGCAAGGGGAUCAUGAAGGCGGACUCCCAGCCGCGAUUCCUCUACGAGGGCCAGCCCAUCUACCACUUCAUGGGCACCUCCACCUUCGCGGAAUACAGCGUCCUGCACGCGCAGUCACUCGCGAAAAUUCCCAAGGAAGCACCUCUGGAGAAGGUCUGUCUUCUUGGGUGCGGGAUCAGCACCGGGUGGGGUGCCGUGUGGAACACGGCAGACGUGGAGGCGGGCGCGACGGCCGCAGUCUUCGGCAUCGGCGCCGUCGGGUUGUCGGUCAUUGAGGGCCUAGUCAAGGCAGGCGCAAGCAGGAUCAUCGCGGUCGACCUGCUGGAUUCAAAACUCGAACUGGCAAAGCAGUGGGGCGCAACCGACGUGAUUAACAGCGGAAAGUUGGACGUAUUGACAUGCUAUGCGUUUUUGUGUUUGUCAUCAUCUAGAUCUAUUUUCUCAUGAACAUUUUUGCUUGAUUUCUUCAGUUUCAACAAAGGAUGGAGCCACAGCCUAAGGUGCUACCUAUUCAUCUGACACCAUCAAUUUUGAUAUGAAAACAAACACCACAGAAACCGGUCCAGCAAGUCAUCAUUGGGAUGACGGAGUUUGGCGUCGACUACUCGUUCGAUUGCACCGGCAAUGUGGAGGUCAUGCGCGCCGCCUUGGAGUGUUCCGCGCGCGGUUGGGGUACCAGUGUCGUCAUCGGCGUGGCCGCGGCAGGCAAGGAAAUCGCCACCCGACCCUUCCAACUCAUCACUGGAAGAACGUGGAAGGGCUCGGCUUUCGGAGGCUGGAAGAGCAAGCCGCAGGUAAAAUUGGCUCCAGAUUUUCAUCGUUGAUUUGGAUUUUCCGUGCGCUUUUCUACUUCUGUGGUUGUUCAGUCUGACAUGAUGAUCUAGAUUUUCUUCGUUCGCACCAGGGAGAAUGUAGUACUUUCUGCAUCACAUUCACACUCUGCCUCAGGUUCCGGAGCUUUGCGAUCGCUACAUGAAGGGCGAGCUUAAGAUCGACGAGUACAUCACGCAUAAACUGAAGUUUGAGCAAAUUAACGAAGGCUUCGAGCUUCUGCACAAGGGAGAGUGCCUCCGCUGUGUGUUGACGUUUUAGGACGGAAGGCGUGAAGAUUAUUCUCCGCGACAGUCACGAAAGCGAAAGCCAGCAAACGACCAGAACGACCUAUAAUUUCGAAAGAGAAAAGACAGCAGAAUCUACAUCACUCAAACGACAAAAGCCACAGGAGUCGGGCAUUAUCGAGACGACAACGAUAUCUCAUGUCCCGGAGACCACGACAGAACAUCGAUGUAGUUCAAAAGCACUACUUGAUGAAUCUUUGAAAGUUCGACGUGUUUUGACACUAGUUCUUGAGUUUAUCAGUGUGAACAGCAACGGCAGAAGCACAACGAUACGAACGAUGGGCGUGUGGCUACUUCUGCGUUCCAACUCCGAAGGC